UCCCAGCAUUAGGUGUCACAGACUCAGGAUGAACGGCAGCACUGUGACCGAGUUCGUAAUCCUGGGCCUCACACAGAGGCCCGAGCUGCAGCGCGUCCUCUUCUUGUUCUUCCUCGGCCUCUACCUGGUGGCUUUCCUCGGCAACAUACUCAUCGUGGUGGCCAUCGUGCUCCACAGUCCCCUGCACACGCCCAUGUACCUGCUCCUCCUGGCACUGGCCACCGUGGACAUCAUCUGCACCACCACCAUCCUCCCCAAGAUGCUGGCGGCCAUGCUGCCAUCUGGACAGGCCAUCUCCUACGGGGGUUGCAUGGCCCAGCUCUUCCUCUUCACCUGGUCGCUGGGCGCGGAGAUGGUGCUCUUCACCACCAUGGCCUAUGACCGCUACGUGGCCAUCUGCUUCCCCCUGCGCUACCAUGCUAUCAUGAACCGCACCACCUGCGCAGCCUUGUUGGGGCUGGUGGCCACCAUUGCCCUCACCAACUCCUGCGUCCACACCGGCCUCAUCCUCAGGCUGCACUUUUGUGGGCCCAACGCCGUUGACCACUUCUUCUGCGAGAUCCCCCCGCUGUUGGCCUUGUCCUGCAGCCCCGUGAGGGUCAAUGAGGUGAUGGUGUACGUGGCGGACAUCACACUGGCCGUGGGCGACUUCUCGCUCACCUGCCUCUCUUAUGGCUUCAUCCUGGCUGCCAUCCUGCGCAUCCGCAGUGCCCAGGGCAAGCGAAAGGCCUUCUCCACCUGCUCGUCGCACCUGUUUGUGGUGAUGCUCUACUACACACCCGUCAUCUACACCUACAUCCGCCCUGCCACUGCCUACUCCUUUUCUCGUGACAAGAUCGUGGCGGCGCUCUACACCCUGGUGACUCCCACCCUCAACCCCAUCGUGUACAGUUUCCGGAACAAGGAGAUGCAGGACGGGAUCCGUAAAGUUUUUGCAUUUCUGAAGCAUUAG